CUUUACCUUGUUGUAAUGUAUUUCAGACAUAUUCGUGUCGUGUUUGUUCAUCCAGAUCUUGGAAUAGGUGGUGCAGAACGUCUUGUGGUAGAUGCUGCCCUGGCCCUCAAGAGGAAGGGCCUAUGUCCGUUUACCGCCCAUCACGCCCUUCCCAACUUGGAGACUUGGACGCAAGUUAGAAGACGGCGCGUGCGAUAGCUACCACGGUCAGCGUUUAAAGCCGAGGGAGGUAGGAUGAUCUAUGCGUCGUUAUAUCUGGUGCUAUUCAGUGGGGUGAAGUAUGAUGUUGUGUUUGUAGAUCAGGUGUCUGCUUGCAUCCCUUUCUUGAAACUGAAAACUGGCACAAAAAUCCUUUUGUGUCACUUCCCAGAUCAACUCUUAACACAAAGAAAAUCAUUCCUCAAAAAGAUUUAUAGAUAUUUUUUGGACACUUUUGAGGAAAAGACAACAAACCAGGCUGACUGUGUGUUGGUCAACAGCCACUUUACUGCAAGUGUGUACAAGGAAACCUUUAAAUCCAUCAAAACUUCUCCCUCGGUUCUGUAUCCAUCGUUAGAUUUUGAAAAUUUUGAUAAGUAUGAAUCAUUGACUGUAAGAGAUGUAGAUUUAGACGUUGACAGUGACUGCAUAUUUCUCUCACUGAAUCGUUAUGAACGUAAGAAAAACAUCAACUUGGCGCUUCACUCCAUGAAGCUUCUUCUAGAUAUGGUGAAUAAGGAUGAAGCAUCACACAUUCACCUUAUUGUGGCUGGUGGAUAUGAUGACAGAGUGCAGGAAAACAUUGAACAUUAUAGUGAGUUAGUUUCAUUGGCCACAAGCUUGGGUAUCUCAGAUAAAGUUACCUUCCUGAAAUCUCCUUCAAACAAAGUGAAAGUUGCCCUUCUUAGGUCUGCAAGAUGUCUGCUGUACACACCAGAUAAGGAACACUUUGGCAUUGUACCAAUAGAAUCCAUGUAUGUGGGCACACCAGUAAUAGCAGUCAACAGUGGAGGGCCAAGAGUAUUAUUGAGUGGAGAGACGGGUUUUCUUUGUGAACAGAACCCAGAGGAUUUUGCCACAGCAAUGCAAAGAUUUGUGGGUGGUGGUGACAAGAAAAGCAUGGGUGAUGCUGGUCAAAAAUGUGUAGUUAAUAACUUCUCCUUCAUUAAGUUUUCUGAGCAUCUUAACUACAUCGUUCAAGGCCUCAUAGAUGAGAGAAAACAGAAGUAGCUGCCCCCUGAUGCAUAGAACAGUUGACAAUGUUGAAUAAUUGUUUUUAAAAUUAAAUGCAUUCCAUUGAUUAUACCAUAUAAAAUUAUUUUUAAUGUACAGUAGUAAAUUUGAUAUAUAAUGUAAAAUGCCUGCAAGUUUCUAGUUUAAUAAUACAGUGCAUUAAUAACUCUGAAUACUGGACUGGUGUGUGCCAGGCCUGUGUUUAGGGAGUGUUUGUUUCAAGUACACUGCCUCCCUAACUGUAGUACUGUACAGGUUUAUCUCUCUAGAGUAUCAAAAAUACCUCUUGACUAAAAGGAAAUUGAGUUAAAGUGGAGAUUAUAAAGAUAAUCCAUAGAGAG